AAACCAGUGAGACACAGCUGAGCGCUGCACGGCACAGCCUCUUUUAACUGCGCUUUUUAAUCCACGACGCUACACUUUUUAUCACCAACUUCUUCGCGAAUGGCCGUCAACGACAGCCCGACAACGACCUGAAGAGGAGAGUGUGAUUUUAGCGAGAUUUACAGCUGAACUCUUCUGUCUUGAACUGUUUGUUGCUGCCUCGCUUAGCCAAGGCUAACAUCCAGCUAGCCUGAUGCUAGGCUAAGCUAAAGGGGGAGGGCUGAAUUCACCUCCCUACCCCCUCGGACUGCUGUACUUGCAUAUUAUUUAAUGUAGCGAAAUCCGCGGGGAGAACAGCAUAUCUCGCCGCGGAUCAUGGUAAAGUUUUUAGCGCAUUUUUCUUGGUAACGUAAGCGAGUAACCUCUAGCGGAAUAAUAGCGGAGCUAAGCUAAUUAGCUCGCUGGACGCGGAGCCGUCCUGCUGAUUGUGUCCGAGACACGGAGACCCGGUCCAAAAGCCUCGAUCGCAUCAUCUGUUCCUGGGAUCUGAAAGAGAGGAUGGCUCGCCGGACUGCGCUUUGAUGAUGAGUUCUUGUUUUGUACCCAACGGGGCGAGCCUGGAGGACUGCCACUCCAAUCUAUUCUGUCUGGCUGACCUCACAGGGAUCAAAUGGAAGUGUUUUGUGUGGCAGGGCCCCACCUCGUCCCCCAUCCUCUUCCCAGUGACGGAGGAGGACCCCAUCCUGUGCAGCUUCAGCCGCUGCCUGAAGGCAGACGUGCUGAGCGUUUGGCGGAGACACCAGACUCCAGGUCGACGGGAGCUCUGGAUCUUCUGGUGGGGGGAUGACCCCAAUUUUGCAGAGCUCGUCCACCAUGACCUAUCAUGUAAUGAGGAUGGUUCGUGGGAGAGCGGCUUGACCUACGAGUGCCGAACGCUGCUUUUCAAAGCCAUCCAUAACCUGCUGGAGCGCUGCCUCAUGAACCGAUCCUUCGUUCGCAUCGGCAAGUGGUUCGUCAAACCCUACGAAAAGGAUGAGAAGCCCAUCAACAAGAGUGAACACCUGUCCUGCUCCUUCACGUUCUUCGUGCAUGGAGACAGUAACGUGUGCACCAGUGUGGAGAUUAACCAGCACCAGCCUGUUUACCUGUUGAGUGAGGAGCACCUGACUUUGGCUCAGCAGAGCAGCAGCUCAGUUCAAGUCAUCCUCUCUCCGUAUGGUCUGAGCGGGACUCUGACGGGCCAGUCCUUCAAGCUCUCGGAUCCACCAACCCAGAAGCUAAUCGAGGAAUGGAAGCAGUUUUAUCCCAUCGGCCCCAACACCAAAGAGGUCACAGACGACAAGAUGGAUGACCUCGACUGGGAGGACGAUUCCUUAGCCGCCGUUGAAGUCGUUGUCGCUGGUGUGAGGAUGGUGUACCCAGCCAGCCUGGUGCUGGUGGCCCAGUCAGACAUCCCGCUGGUGGCUACAGUGAGCUCUUCCUCCUCCUCGGGCUCUUAUGCUGGAGCUCCGCAUAAUCAGCUGGUCCAUGGAGACACUGGCAUCUCUUCAGUCACGCUGACUCCUCCCACUUCACCUGAAGAGGCACAAGCAGUCUCUCAGCCUGCCCAGAAGUGGGUAAAGCUCUCAGCAAUGUCAGGCGUCUUUAGUGUGGACAGCAGCAGCCAUCACGGAGGAAAGAUCCCCCGCCGGCUAGCCAGUCAAAUGGUGGAGCGAGUCUGGCAGGAGUGCAAUAUUAACCGAGCACAGAACAAGAGAAAGUUUUCGACUAUGUCUAAUGGAGUUUGCGAGGAAGAAACCGACAAAGCUUCUGUUUGGGACUUUGUGGAGUCGUCUCAAAGGUCACAGUGCAGCUGCUCAAGGCUUAAAAACCAGAAACAGCGGGCAUGUAGCACCCCAGGGCAUCCUCCAUCUGCUGGCCAGCCUCCUCAGCCCUCUACCAAACACAAGAUGGCGGAGAAGCUGGAGAAGGGGGACAAGCAGCAGAAAAGGCCGCUGACGCCCUUCCACCACCGCAGCUCUCUGUGUGAAGAACAACCCAGCUUGGAGCAGGGAGAGAGCGUUCACCGACUGUGUCUGCAGGGUCAUGAGGACAGCAGGUAUCCCAGCCUCCACCACGCAGACGUCACCUCCAGCAAGACGCCAAUGCUCCACAGCUCUGCGGAUGAGAUGGCAGGCUCCCCUCAGCCGCCACCGCUCAGCCCGCACCCCUGUGAACGUAUGGAGGAACCAGCCGAUGGCAUGAAGAGUUCAUCCUCACCCCUGCACCAACACUUUUACCCUCCUUCCUCUGAGCCCUGCCUGGAGCCCCAGAAACCCCCAGAUGAAUCCACAUUAGACCCAUUGCCCUUACCAUGCCCACCUCCAUACCCAGAGACACUAGAGGCCACCAUAUACGUGGGCUCAGCCAUAAACCCCAAUGAAGAUACGACACAUAACCCCUGGAAGUACUUUAGGGUGCCUGGUGGGAGGAAUUCAGAUUUCCACACACCUCAUCUUCCUGUGGUUGCGCACUUUGAGGAUGGGAACAGGACUGGAGGGCAGGAUGGCAUUGUGUCCAUUACUGAGAUGAUGUCCUCUUCCAAAAGGCCUCUGAAGGUGUCUGAAGAGCUGGUGAAGAUGUACGAGCAUAAGAAAAACCAGUAUCUAUCAUCGGCUGUGUGUGAUGAAGAUCCAGAGCAAGAAUCUGAUCCUUACGCUUUUGAGGAAGGAGAUGAGGAGUUUAAUUUCUCAGAUAAAGAUAAAAAGUCUGGAUCAGAGAGAGAGGCUGGGAAAAAAGCUAAGAGGGAAGAUGGCAGUUCAUCUUCUGAUGAUGCCCAGGGUUCAGGUGGUAGUAAACCACUUCCUACAACCAGCUUGAUCCAUGAGACCGAUCUGGUCGUGUCCAUUAAUGACCUGGACAACCUUUUUAACUCUGACGAGGAUGACCUUACGCAACCUGGAUCCAGGAGAGCUGCCGGUGGAGCCGAGGAGAAAUUUGGUGGGAAGGAACCAAAACCUGCAGCGCCAGACCCCCUGCCUUGCUGUGCAGACCUGCACCAGAUGUUCCCAACCCCUCCGUCACUGGAUCAGGGUUACUCUCCUAUAAACAUGGGCAACACAGAGUCAGCAGCUGGCCUUUCUCUUCUGGAUGGGGCCAUGAGCGGGAACUUCAAGAUGGAGGUGGAGGAGGGUUUCUGCAGCCCUAAACCCUCCGAGAUUAAGGAUUUCUCCUACGUGUUUAAGCCAGAGUCCUGCCAAGUGCUCAUCGGCUGCUCUCUUUACGCCCCUCUGAAGACGCUGCCCAGUCAGUGUCUGCUUCCUGUCAAGCUUCCAGAAGAAUGUGUGUACCGGCCCAGCUGGACAGUUGGCAAACUGGAGAUGCUGCAGCCGAUGGCAGCCAUGACCUUUCUCAACAAGGACAGUAACAUCCCUAGUGUGGGAAGUGCAGUGGAGCAGGAGCAGAGCUGCACUCCUCAAACACACAACACCUUCAUGUCCAACAGUGCCCCGCCCAGCAACAGCGGAGCCGGCAUCCUGCCCUCACCUGCCACUCCUCGAAUCUCCGCCCCAACACCACGAACACCCCGCACUCCACGUACCCCCAGAGGCCCUGCCAGCGUCCAGGGCUCACUAAAAUAUGAAAACUCCGACCUCAAUUCUCCCGCCUCAACACCUUCCACGUGUAGACCUUUAAGUUCUGUGGAGCCUGCCACCGUGCCCUCCAUCCCCGAAGCUCACAGCCUGUACGUCACCCUCAUCCUUUCCGAAUCGGUCAUGAACCUGUUCAAAGACUGCAACUUCGACAGCUGCUGCAUCUGCGUCUGCAAUAUGAACAUCACAGGGGCAGAUGUUGGCGUCUACAUCAGCGAUCCUAACAUGGACUCUCAGUACUCCAGCAUGGACCCCUGCUCUUGUGGUUUUAGUGCCGUCAUGAAUAGAAGGUAUGGCAACGGGGCUGGCCUCUUCCUGGAGGAUGAGCUGGACAUCAUGGGACGUGGUUCGGAUGCCGCAAGAGAGAUUGAGAAGCACUUUGAAGCUGUACGAGCAGCCUCGCUCAAGAGGGGAACAGUCCUAAAAGAACAGGUCCCGGAUGAUCUCAUGCUAUUGUUGCAGGACCUGUGCACUAACCCAUUCUCCCCCAUCAUCAGGCCAGAUCUUCUCGGCACUGUUAUCAAGUCCCCCAUUAGGCUGGAGGAGAGGGACUAUUACAGCGACUGCUACAUGGCUCUUGAGCAUGGCAGACAGUUCAUGGACAACAUGUCUGGAGGAAAAGUUGAUGAGACGCUGGUUAAGAGCUCCUCUUUACAUCACUGGGCCAAACGAAAUGCUUUCGAUAUGAGCAUGCUGUUCUCUCAGGAUGUGCUGCGGAUGCUGCUGUCACUGCAGCCUGUCCUGCAGGACACCAUUCAGAAGAAGAGGUCUGUGCGCUCUUGGGGCGUCCAGGGCCCCCUCACCUGGCAGCAGUUCCACAAGAUGGCUGGCAGGGGGUCGUACGGUACCGAUGAAUCUCCAGAGCCCCUUCCCAUCCCUACUUUACUAGUGGGUUACGAGUAUGACUAUGUGGUGCUGUCUCCUUUCGCUCUGCCAUACUGGGAGAAGCUUCUGCUGGAUCCUUACAGCUCCCAGCGGGACGUCGGAUACAUGGUCGUGUGUCCAGACAAUGAAGCUCUGCUCAAUGGAGCUAAGACCUUCUUCAGAGACCUGACAGCUGUAUAUGAGUCUUGUCGGCUUGGUCAGCACAGGCCCAUUGCCAAGUCUCACGCUGAUGGCAUUGUGACAGUGAGCGAUGCUGGAUCAAAAGCUCUUACUGAUCAGACUCUCAUCGACUGGCUUCCAAAAACCAUCAACAGCAGCAGCAGCAGUGAGGCUUUAAACAAGCUCAAACUCUACGCCCAUGUGUGCCGACAUGACUUGGCAUCCUGUCUGGCUUCCCAGUCAUUGGACGGCUCACUUCUUACCCAGCGAAACCCAGCCAGCUCUUCGCAAACUUCCAGUUCCAGCAGCCCAGUCACAACCGCACAGAAUGUCACCCCAACCACCAACAGCAACAGCAACACCAACACUAACACCACUCCGACCUCCACUUCCACCUCCAGCAGCUCUUCCUCUUGUCCUCAGGGCGUAGGCAACAUGCCGUCUUCCAAGCCCAAUACCAUACCUCCCUUUGGGGCUCAGGGCUUGCAGUCCAGCCAGCAGAGUGGAGGUCAGAGCGCAGGGACACUGGGGGACGCCACAUCUGCCACCAGCCAGCCUCAGGUCCCGUCUGAGCCCGCCGAGAGUACGAUGGAGAGAGAAAAGGUUGGGGUCCCGACUGAUGGAGACUCUCAUGCAGUCACCUAUCCUCCUGCCAUAGUGAUCUACAUCGUGAACCCCUUCAGCUAUGAGGAAAACUGCCAAGGCAGCAGUUCCAGCGUGUGGACGAUAGCUCUUCUUCGCUGUUAUCUGGAGAUGCUUCAGCUUCUUCCUCCACAUAUCAGGAAUGCUGUAUAUGUCCAAAUAAUUCCCAGUCAGUACUUGCUGCAGCCGGUCUGGAGUGAGGAGCGCCAUAUAUAUGCACAGCACCUGAAGUCUUUGGCUUUCUCAGUUUACACACAGUGCAGACGGCGUCUGCCAACCUCUACUAAUGUCAAAACGCUAACAGGUUUCGGCCCCGGCCUGGCAAUCGACACUGCACUACAGAGCAAAGAGCGACCACAGUGUUUACAUCUCUACGCACCACCGUUCGUGCUGGCUCCAGUGAAAGACAAGCAGACAGAGCUGGGUGAGACUUUUGGAGAGGCUGCGCAGAAAUAUAACGUGCUGUUUGUGGCCUACUGCCUGUCCCAUGACCAGAGGUGGCUCCUGGCCUCCUGCACUGACCAGUAUGGAGAGCUGCUAGAGACCUGCGUCAUCAGCAUUGACGUUCCAAACCGAGCUCGCAGGAAAAAGGGCUCUGCACGACGACAGGGCCUUCAGAAGCUUUGGGAAUGGUGCCUGGAUCUUGUACAGAUGACCUCUCUUCCAUGGCGCAUUGUAAUUGGCCGACUUGGAAGAAUAGGUCAUGGCGAGUUACGGGAUUGGAGUAUUCUGUUGAGUAGGCGGAACCUGCAGUCUCUCGGCAGACGACUGAAGGAAAUGUGCAGGAUGUGUGGCAUCUCUGCCGCCGACAGUCCCAGCAUCCUCAGCACCUGUCUAGUUGCCAUGGAACCACAGGCUUCCUUUGUAAUCAUGCCAGACUCCGUGUCCACGGGCUCCGUGUUUGGCCGCAGCACGACUCUGAACAUGCAGACAUCCCAGUUAAACACUCCUCAGGACACCUCCUGCACACAUAUUCUUGUGUUCCCCACUUCUGCUGGCCUCCAGGCCUUCAGCGAUGUCACAGAUGGAAUGGGUGGCAUGGAUGGGAUCUUGGACCUGUUUGCCGAGAAUGACCUGGUUGAUCCCGAUCUUAUUAACAUAAUUCCCAACUCACCCACCACCUCUCCAGUACACUCACCAGGCUCACAUUACCACCAUGGUGGGGAUGGCAGCAAGGGCCAGGGCACAGACAGGAUGGAGUCUCACGACGAGUCUCCAAACAUCCUCCAGCAACCCAUGGCUCUGGGCUACUUUGUGUCCACAGCUAAAGCUGGUCCACUUCCGGACUGGUUCUGGUCCUCCUGCCCACAAGCAAAGAACCAGUGUCCUCUCUUCCUUAAGGCUUCUCUGCACCUUAAUGUUUCAUCAGUGCAGUCCGAUGAGUUGCUGCACAGUAAACACUCUCACCCUCUGGACUCCAGCCAUACCUCAGAUGUGCUCAGAUUUGUGCUGGAGCAGUACAAUGCCCUCUCGUGGCUGACCUGUGACCCAGCGACUCAGGACCGGCGCUCUUGUCUGCCCGUGCACUUUGUUGUGCUCAACCAAAUGUACAACUUCAUUAUGAACAUGCUCUAACAAACGAGGGGCUCUGCCAUCAAUUCCCACCACAGACCCCACAGAGACACCGCACUGCCGCCGCAGGCCCGGACACGACUGGACAACAACCAACUUCAAUCGCACUUACGGCGACGCCAGGCUGCCCAGUUUCUGCUAAGUGUCCAUCUCGCUACAGCUGGAGGCAAAGGAAACCAGUCCAUCUCAAUGAACUCGCGUCCCAAAUGAGGCCUGAAGGUGCAGUUUGGGGUCAGGUUUUACCCAGUUGAAAUGCCUGCAUAUAUCUUAUUUAUUGUACGUUUUUAAAUGUGUAAUUUCUUAAUCUUUUAUAUUAUAUAAACCCGGGAAGCUGCAUAUUGCCUUCCCAAAUGAAAGGAAAAUGGUUUGUCAUGUAUGUAAUUGUCUUAAUUACAGAACCGACAAGUGAAUUUGCUGUAGGUUUGCUUUUAGAGGAAUAUUUAGAGAAAUAUUUUCUCCGCAGUUUUUACGGUCGCCGUGUACAGACGAAGUAUACAGGAGCUCACGUUCUUACCUUUGUGUGGUGGGGACUUUAAGAUAGGCUGUAGCUACAGAAUUCCUGUACAGCAAUUUAAUGUGUUCAAAUAAGAGGACAAGAGGUACAUUGUCGGAUUAUAUAUUUUAUAUCACAGAUUUAGAGAAUUGUGUGUGUAUAUAAAUGUGUACAUACAAUCGUGUGCCGCUAUGGAUGGUGCAGCCAAUGUUUUAGGAAUAAAGUGUGUAAAACCUGAA